UGUGUUUGGUUGAAUUGCGGAAACCACGAAUGAAAAGGUUUACUAAUAGUUGUUGUGUGUGUGAAUCAGGAGGCAAUAUAAAAAUAAGUUUUCGUAAACCUGCAUUCCUUCCGAUGUAAGGGUUGACUCAAGGUAAAUUUGUAGUGUCUGUAGCUACAAGAAAGGCAAUAUUUACGUGUGUGCAGCUUUGUAGUUGACUAAUGAUUACUCUGCUGUAUAUUUUUCAAGCCUAACAAAUGGAGGACAAUUCAAGUAAUUCGUAUGUUACUGGAAAGAAGUUGUUUGUUUUGUGGGUGAUAUUUCUUCUUUACCUCCUUUUUGGUGGCUUAAUUUUCAGUGUGCUAGAGAAAGGCAAUGAGGAUAUUCAGAGAAAAAGAGCUAGAAUAACGAAGAAAGAGUUCAUUUAUAAUUACACCUGCUUGGAUGCUUCAUCUUUGGAAGAUCUCAUUUCUACCCUCCUUGAAAUCCAGGCUCAGGGUGUGGAUCCCAGGGAAAAUGUAACUGGCCCAUCCAAAUGGGAUUUUACAAGCUCUUUGUUUUUUAGUGGCACUGUGGUCACAACUAUUGGUUAUGGCAACAUUGCACCAAGUUCAAGAGCGGGACAGCAAUUCUGCAUCUGCUAUGCCCUGAUUGGCAUUCCUUUAUGUGGGUUUGUCCUGGCGGAAUUGAGUAACCGAGUAAAGAAUCGCUCUUUGAAGUUCAAGGAAAGAGUCAUGAAAAUAUGGAAAAAGAAUAAAGAGAAUAGAGCAGAGGUUUUCUACAUGGCAAUGAUUUGCACAAGCGGAUUUUUUCUUUUCUUUACAAUCCCUGCAGUCAUCUUUGCUCUUGUAGAAGAUUGGAGCUAUCAUUUAGCAUUCUAUUACUGUUUUAUUACUCUCAGUACCAUAGGCUUUGGCGAUUAUGUUGCAGGAACCAAUCCAAAAAAGCACUACAGUAUUUUUUACCGCAUCGCAAUAUAUAUUUGGAUUAUCCUUGGCUUGGCUUACUUCAUCCUUCUUCUUCAACAUGUCUCAGAUGUGUUGGAACAUGCAGGGAAAAAGAUAAAGAAGAGAACAAGGACAAUCCGUGAGAUAAAAAAAGGGAAUGGAAAAGAGGUGAAUGAAGAAAAGAAAGAAGUAUGUGGAGAAUGUUGGAAAACUAAUAGAGAAUCAUUGACAAGCAAAAAGGAUAUAAAAGAAAAUGAUGAACAGAAGAUUAUAAUCGAGCAAGUGAAUGAAAAUACGAUUGAGACGGAGGCUGAUGUUAACAUUGAGCUUGUUCAACAACAACCUGCGAGAAACGAGAACCAGCCUAUCAACGUACAGCAGCCAAAUGAUGCAGAAAUGGAGAUGAUUAUCUAGAUCUUAACUCUACAUUGUUUUAAUCUAUUUUUUAAAUAUUUAUGUAAAUUAGAUAACCUUUUUAUAGAUAGAACACGUGGAAUCUAUAUUACUUUUUGGAAAUACAGGAUGCUGUUUUUUAACUAUUUAUUUAUGUAUUAAAAUAUAAGUUCCUUGAGCAAGUUUCUUGAUACAAAAUUCACAAGAAAGUAGACAUUGUCUGGAGUUUCAAAAUGCUCAAACCUGCACAGUUUAUAUUUCCAUUUAAUCCAUUAAAUUAUUUAUUUGGCAACAACAGUACAGAUAAAUUCUGCAGCGAAUCGAUGUAAUUGAUAUGGCUGAAGAUGCCAACUGCUGUUCUAUUGUAGUGCGUGACAAAUAUGAUUUUUCCUGUCAUGUAUCUUUUUGUAUGUAUUCAUGCAGGCAUGUACUUUGCAACUUUUAUAUGCGCCAAUUUCCAUUUCUUUUAUGUUAUUUGACAUUGUAUCAUACUUCUUCACAAAACAUUGAAGAGGAACAAAAGAAAGAAAGUGUUUAGGCCUACAUGGAAACAGGGCAUGAAACAUUGGUAACUAGCAAAAUGCUGUUUUUCAGGGGCAGUUAGCCAGGUUUUUAAAAAUUUUAAAUUCCAAAUUUGACGAAAUGGUAUGUACAUCAUAAAUAAUUUUCUUAGCCAUUGUUUAUGACAAUGUAAUUAGUUUUCUUAAGGUUUCUUCAUUGAGGUGAUUUUAUUCUGAUUAAAUAUAUUACGAGUAUUGUGCUCUAAAUUGACCUUUUUGGUCUGACAAAAAAAAAAGUUCACUGAUACCAAAGUGCUGCUGUAAUGUAGGCCAACCUUAUUUUUGAUGCAGUAUGUAAAUUGUUCUCGUAAUUUCUUUGUAACUCUUUUAUUUGUGCUUCUUAUUUCUUUAUUCACAUUUGGAAUUUUGAGAAUAGCCAUAAUGUAAAUGCUGGGGCUAUGUGCUUACUAUCACUGAAAUUUAUUUAUGUUGUAGUGCAAUUGUUAAUAACCGAAGGGCAACACCUUCAGAAUUAUUUGGAUUGAAUCUCUCUUGGGAAAUAUCAUAGUGACUAAUCAUACUUGUUCAUAAUAAGUGUGGUUUCAAGCAGAAUGAAAGACAAACUGCAUUUGUUAUACAUCUUCAAGUACAUGCACACUUCAUGUGCACGCCAGCUUUACAAUUCACGCAAAUAUUCACACACCGUCUCUAUGGACAUGACACAUACAGUUUGUUUAAUAUGCAGACUGCUCGUACUGUAUGGUUUAUAUUGUUGUGUUACAAUACAGUGGUAAAUAUUUAUAUAAGUCAUGAAGUCUGAAUAUUAAAAUACAGAUCUCCCUCCAAUUAGAGACCAGUACUUUCCAUGGCAGUUUUGGUUUCUCAUUAGAAUAAUAAAGAUAAGAAAUUUGGGACCACAGAAAGGUGGUCCUUAAUUAGAAGUGGUCGUUAAUUGGAGUGGUCUUUAAUUAGAGGGAGACCUGUAAUAAAUUGCUCAUUUAAUAGGAUCAGAUAUGUUAUCCAAUGAGACAGAUUAACCUAUUUAGUUAUCAUUGAUUAUAUGGACAUUUUUGCUGUGUAACAGAACAUAAAACAUCAGAUAUGUUAUCCAAUGAGACAGAUUAACCUAUUUAGUUAUCAUUGAUUAUAUGGACAUUUUUGCUGUGUAACAGAACAUAAAACAUCAGAUAUGUUAUCCAGUGAGACAGAUUAACCUAUUUAGUUAUCAUUGAUUAUAUGGACAUUUUUGCUGUGUAACAGAACAUAAAACAUCAGAUAUGUUAUCCAGUGAGACAGAUUAACCUAUCCCGUUAUCAUUGAUUAUACUGUAUAGACAUUUUGCUGCAAACAUAGCAAAUCAGAUAUGUUAUCCAAUGAGACAGACUAACCUAUUUAGUUAUCAUUGAUUAUAUGGACAUUUUUGCUGUGUAACAGAACAUAAAACAUCAGAUAUGUUAUCCAGUGAGACAGAUUAACCUAUCCCGUUAUCAUUGAUUAUACUGUAUAGACAUUUUGCUGCAAACAUAGCAAAUCAGAUAUGUUAUCCAAUGAGACAGACUAACCUAUUCAGUUUUCAUUGACAUAUAUAGACAUUUUGCUGUGCAACAGAACAUAGAACAUCUGAAUUAGCAAAUAAAUUAUUUAUACUUGCUAUAUUUCAAUUGAUAGCUAAUAACUUAAAUAUGCAAAUAAGCAAAUAAACCAAAUCUCAUCUUUUAUUAUUUUUUUCACAGUUUUCAUUGCUAAUUUUUAUCAAAAAUAACUAUGAAUUCGACUUGACCUUGAUUUACGGUUCCAAAUCCUAAGAUGCCCCAUACUUGUAAAAUAGAGUUUUCACUGUAGAUUUUUUUUUUCUUAUUCACUUUAUGCAUCAAAUAAUUUUUACAUACAACAACAUACACAGAAAAAAUGACAACAGACAAAAUACAAGAAAAGGAGAUGCAAAAGGGUGAGAACGACAGUCUCCAGAAUUAUUAUUUUACAUGAGUGAUGUUUGCCCUACCUAACAUGUUAUCGUACUGAAUACUCAGUAUGUUCCCAAAUACUUGCAGAAUAAAUUCAAAACACACAUCAAAAUAUUAUUAUUUUGUUUACACUAUGCAAUAGAAACAUUAUAAAUAUGCAUCUCGCAUGGACCUAAUCUGAAUUUUCUGAAUUUAUAUUCAGCAAAGGACCACUUAUUUACACUUACAUUAAAAUUUAAUCUAACUCAAUUGCCAAUAAAUAUAUUGGCAAUUGGAUGUCCUUAUUAAAAACUGUAUAUGUACCUUUGAUGAUUUCAAUUGCCAAUGCUAGUCAUGGUACAUUUGUUUAUGUUGAAUUGUGGCAUAUAUUGCACAGGCUAUUUCUUCCCCAAUUGCUCUUUUCAUCUGUAUUGAAGAAUUACAAAAUUAUGCAAAUUCUAUUUAUAUCAGACAUUCUGGCGCAGAUCCAGUGGAGGGACGAGAGGGAACGUGUUCUCAAUUUUGCUACAAAAUGUUAAAAAUUUCAAUGCAUCCUGUAUCCGCCCCUGACAUAGGCAAGCAAUAUUAUUUUAUCAAUACAUUAUUUUCUAUAGGUCUGUGUAAUUUUAGGAAGAUUCAUUUAUGUUUUCUUUUAAAUUAAAUCAGAUAUAAAGAUACACAUACAAAGCCGAGGACAGAAAUUGUGUGAAUACCUAUUUAUAAAGGUACUGUAGUAUAUACAGAUUGUAUGUAAAAUUUCUUGAUGUCGAUUUAGCAGGGACAUAGGCUGGUUUUGGGGUGGAUGGCAGCAGAGGUGGAUCCAGUAGGGGCACCCCCCCCCCUCGUUUUGUCAUUAAAUUUUAGAAUAUUCAAUGCAAAUCAAAGUUAUGUGCUACUCACUAACCCUGUUUUAAAGAUGCUGGAUCCGCCCCCGGGGGUGCGAAAAGUAAGAAUGCAGAACUAAUCCCUAUUCCAAUUAAUAUUUUAACACACUUAGUGAAACUACUUUGCCAUCAUUAGUGUAAUUUUAUACCUCCAUGGUGUAACUGAUACAUUUUUAUUCAAUUAUAAAAAUUUAAUCUAUGUAGAUAAUAGUAGUAUAAUAAAUGAUACAUGUUACACAUUAUCAUGUGAUGCUUAUGUUGGACAUACUGUAGUUAACUUUUAUUAGACAUAUUAGAGGUAUUAGACAAUAGUAAUCACAAUUUUAAUGUUUUAAAUUUAAAGUAAUUCCAUUCUAAAGAAAAUAAGACAAAAACUUCACAUUUAUCAAAUGUAAAAAUAUAAUCUUUUCACUUGGAUUUAAAAACAAAUAUCUAUUAUCUAUAUUGUUCAAACUCAAGUAAUGUUUAAACAAAAUAAUAAUAAUAAUAAUAGAAAGAAGGAGAGCACAUCAUCUUUGUUUGGCUAUUGAUUAUUUGUUUGUCCUUUCCAACUAACAACGAAAACAAAAAUUCAGGGAAAAAUGUUUGUCUAUUUUGUGAAUACAUUUAAUUUGAUGAACUGACAAUUGCUGGUGUUCUCGUAAACUGAACAUCCACAGGAUGUUUCUAUUAUUUUCAAGGGGUGUUCUGUUUAAUACACAAGUUGUGGAUUUAUCCAGUUAAGUAUGUCACAAACUCAUAGACUAAAAACAUUACUGUUUUGUUUAAUUAAACUUUAAAUAAAUAGUAUUAAUGAGAGAUAAGCAUAAAUAUAUGUGAUUAAUCAAAAACUUGGAAGGUGUAGAUUCUUUAUAAUUAUUCUGUGGAUGCUAGGAUCAUGUGACCUGUACAAGUCAGGUAAACCUUUGAAACAUCAAACAAAUUUUUUUUUAAAUAAAGAAAGUUGAAAAGACAGAAGGUGUAUUAAUAAUAGUAUUAAUGACAGAUAAGCAUAAAUGUGUGUAAUAAAAUCAAAAACUUUGAAGGUAUGGGUUCAUUAUAAUUAUCUUGUGCAUGCUAUGAUUAUGUGACAUGUAAAAGUCAGGAAAACUUUUGAAACAUCAAAACUAAUUUUUUAAUGGAAAGUAGAAAAGACAGAAGUUAUAGAUGUCAAGAUGUUUUAAUGAAGUGAAUCAUUUACCAUAUAUUUAUUACAUAUUUAAUUAACCUGAUGUUUAUUUUGUAGACAGAUUUCUAUUUUAGUUAAUUUUUGAUUUGUUCAUUGUUAUCUUUAUAGCUUUUAAAUGCUAACAAAAUUUCGAACUCAUCUGUUUGUUUUUUUAAAUGUUGAACACACUGAUUCAUAUAUCUGGAUCUCACAGGGUUUAAUUUCUCUUGUUCUGGUCAACCUCCUAUUAAUCUACAAUCAAUUUUUUGAUUUGUACUUAAAUGUGGCCUAACAACAUUUAAAAACUUGGCUAAAGAUAGUUGAUUUACAUGACAUUAUGUAAGUUGCAUAACAUUUAACAAUUUUGGAAAAGCUUGGUGAUGUAAACUGUUUCAAUUGGCGUAAUAUUUUUUAAAAUGUGAUGUUUCAAAUGUUUUGUUGUGGUUUUAACAUGUUGCUUUGGUACUUGCAGGCCACCAUAUUAAAUGUUAAUAAAUUGUGCAACUUUUGGCUGCAAUAAUUUGCUGUAUUAAGUUAUACCAUGUGUAUAAUAAUGUAGUAAAAUAGUAUGCAUUAGGCUUCCAUUUUGGCCAGUAGUUUUGUGGAGUAAUACCUAUCGAAUAACUCUGAAAUAUUAUGUAAACAUAAUGGAGCAAAUAUAAUGAUAAAGCAUACAUACAUGAUUCAUUUUAUACAGUCUGGGCUGUAAGUUUUUAAGAAUAUGGCACCUACUACAUUAUUAUUAAAUUUUUACUUUAGAUAA